AACUCGUUUGAUUUGUUUUCACAUGUCGUGAAAUUUACAGCUUUGUUUCCUACUCUCAAAAAUAGAGCAUAGAGCUGGCUGAUCACACUUCAAAUUAAAACCAACAACGUAUAUAAACUAUAACCCAUGUGAACACAAAAAUUUAGACCUUUUUUCAAAACCAUUCCAAUUUCUAACAAAAACAAAAUUAGAAAUCCUAAAAUCUGCAAGGUGUAUGGAAGGCAAAAAAGGCUAACAGGAUUAAAAACAGUUUACAUUAGUUAUUCUCUUUAAAAUAGAAAGAAGAUUUUCGAUAAAAACGUCGUCGUAUCUUCGUCGACGUCUCCGUCUUUAAUGGGGGAGCAAAGGGCAAGCGGUGCUUCCUCCUCCACCGACUCAUAUUCAACUCCUUCGCCGUCUGCGUCACCGUCUCCAUCUCCGGCUCCACGUCAACAUGUCACGUUACUCGAACCAUCUCAUCAACACAAGAAGAAAAGCAAAAAAGUCUUCCGAGUUUUUCGUUCGGUUUUCCGAUCUUUCCCGAUCAUCACACCGGCAGCUUGCAAAAUCCCGGUCCUCCCCGGCGGUAGCUUACCUGACCAGCACCGAAGCGGGUCAAGCGGAUCAAGAGUUACCGGAACCUUAUUCGGAUACCGUAAAGGCCGUGUAAGCCUCUCGAUUCAAGAAAGCCCUAGAUGUUUACCAUCUCUCGUCGUCGAGCUCGCAAUGCAAACAAUGGUGCUACAAAAAGAGCUUAGCGGAGGGAUGGUUAGGAUCGCGUUAGAGACAGAGAAACGAGGUGAUAAAGAGAAGAUCAAGAUCAUGGACGAGCCAUUAUGGACAAUGUUUAGUAACGGUAAGAAAACGGGGUACGGUGUGAAACGUGACGCGACGGAGGAAGACCUCAACGUUAUGGAGCUAUUAAGACCGGUUUCGAUGGGUGCCGGAGUUUUGCCAGGGAACACGGAGUUUGAAGGACCAGACUCGGAGAUGGCUUACAUGAGGGCUUACUUCGAACGAGUCGUUGGGUCUAAAGAUUCAGAGACAUUUUAUAUGUUGAGUCCCGAAGGAAAUAAUGGACCAGAACUUAGUAUCUUCUUCGUAAGAGUAUGAUUUGAUGUAAUAUAUGGUCGGAGAAAUGCGUUCUUGAUCGAUCUCAGUUUGUGGAUUGAUAUGUGAUUAUAUGAUCAUAUUGAUAUGUGUGUAUAUGCGUGGGUCCUUUUGGUGGUGAGGUAUAUGAGGAUGGAUUUGGAGGUAAUAUUGUUCUUUAGGAUGAUUUAUAAAAAAAGUGUUUCAGGUUAAUACAUACAAAUUAAUUCACGUUUGAUUUUUUUUUUUUUCCUUUUUUCAUAUAUCGGCCGGAUUUUU